AUGGAUACCCGCCAGGUCAUCGAUGAAUCGACAGGUCCUGUGUCUCUGUCGGCUGCCUUCAACAGCGACACCAGCUGUUUUUCUGUCGGGCUGGACACGGGUUUCUGUGUCUUCAACGCGGAUCCAUGUGAAUUAAAGGUAUCUCGAGAUUUCAAUGCUGGAAUCGGUAUCGCAGAAAUGCUAGGGCAAUCCAACUACCUGGCAAUCGUCGGUGGUGGCAAGCAACCAAAACUGCCACAGAAUAAAAUGGUUAUCUGGGACGAUGUCAAACAAAAAGCCGUCAUCACGCUCGAAUUCCGCACCUCGGUCCUCCGUGUACGAUUGUCAAAGUCACGCAUCGUUGUAGCACUUCUCAACAGCGUCCAUGUCUUUGCCUUUUCUACACCUCCCCAAAAAGUCUCGGUUUUUGAAACAUCAGACAAUCCUCUGGGCUUAGUAUGUCUUGGGAACAAGCUUCUAGCCUUUCCCGGUCGCUCUCCUGGCCAAGUUCAACUGGUGGAGCUGGAAACCGGAAACGUUAGCAUUAUACCAGCACACAGUUCUGCACUUAGGGCCAUGGUAUUGAGUCCAGACGGUCAAGUUCUAGCUACAGCAAGUGAAACAGGAACCCUGGCACGGGUCUACUCUACAAGGAAUUGCGCCAAAAUCGCCGAAUUACGACGAGGCGUCGAUCAUGCUACCAUAUAUUCGCUUGCCAUUUCGCCUUCAAGCACUCUUUUAGCUGUAACAUCAGAUAAGUCGACUCUCCAUGUUUUUGACCUUCCACAGCCACAAACGCUAGCUCGUCGAAGUCAGUCUCCAUCUUCACCCUCAGAAGAAGGAAUAAACCAGAAAUGGGGAUUUCUGGGCAAGAUUCCUCUGCUUCCACGGGUAUUCUCUGAUAUAUAUUCAUUUGCAAAUGCUCAUUUUGAAAUCGGCGAUGAGUUCCCUACCGGAGCACCAUACAUCCCCCCACUAGGAUCAUCCGUCGGACAGCCAUCCAAAGGCGUUCUUGGCUGGACAAACGACCAAACGAUCCUGGUGGUUGGCGCAGGCCGAGAUGGUCGCUGGGAGAAGUUCAUUAUUCAUGAAGGAGAAGACGGAAAACGUUUUUGCAUUAGAGGAGGCUGGAAGCGGUAUUUGGGAGGCGGAUGA